CCCUCUGCAAAUACAAUGACUAGUUACACACCUACAUAUUCAACACAUGCAGCUGCCAAAUUGGGGAUUUAACUUGCUAUUUGUUCAAGAGUGGGAGUUAGCCUCUAUUAAAACGGUGUCUGAGGAGAGGUUGUCAUUCGUAUAAUAUCUAGAAACACCAUGAGUCUUCGUCUCACGCUGGGUGCUCUGAUCUUGAUGGCAUGUUGCAUGUCUACAGGAGCAGAGACGACAGACAUCUGCGAAGGUCAGCAGGCCACCCUGAACUGUGGGAGUUCUGUGAUCAACGUGGUCAGUGCUAACUAUGGACGCAGUGUGACCUGCAUCUCUGGUCGUCCAGCCAAUCAGAUUAGCAAGACGGACUGCAUCAACCCCACAACCUUCCCGUUGGUGGCAAGCAUAUGCAAUGCAAAGACAAGCUGUUCUCUGGAUUCCUCCAACUCAGUGUUCUCUGAGCCCUGUAAUGGAACCUACAAAUACCUGGAUGUUACCUACACCUGCAUUCCCCCAAUGAGGACAGUGAUCUGUGAAGGUCAGCAGGCUACCCUAAACUGUGGGAGUUCUGUGAUCAACGUGGUCAGUGCUAACUAUGGACGCAUAGACAGUGUGACCUGCUUCUCUGGUCAUUCAGGCAGUCAGAUUAGCAAGACCGACUGCAUCCUUUCCACAACCUUCAGGAUGGUGGCUAUUAUAUGCGAUGGAAAGACCAGCUGUUCUCUGGAUGCCUCCAACUCUGUGUUCUCUGAUCCCGGUUAUGGAACCUACAAAUACCUGGAUGUGACCUAUAUCUGCGUUCCCACAAAGAAGACAGUGAUCUGUGAAGGUCAGCGGACUACCCUGAACUGUGGGAGUUCUGUGAUCAACGUGGUCAGUGCUAACUAUGGACGCACAGACAGUGUGACCUGCAUCUCUGGUCGUCCAGCCAAUCAGAUUAGAAAGACCGACUGCGUCAACACUGCUAGAUCACUGCCAUUGGUGGUUAGCAUAUGUGAUAAAAAGAAAAGCUGUUCUCUGGUUGCCUCCAACUCUGUGUUCUCUGAUCCCUGUUAUGGAACCUACAAAUACCUGCACGUUACCUACACCUGCAUUCCCCCAAAGAAGACAGUGAUCUGUGAAGGUCAGCGGACUACCCUGAACUGUGGGAGUUCUGUGAUCAACGUGGUCAGUGCUAACUAUGGACGCACAGACAGUGUGACCUGCAUCUCUGGUCGUCCAGCCAAUCAAAUUAGAAAGACAGACUGCAUCAACACUGCUAGAUCACUGCCAUUGGUGGUUAGCAUAUGUGAUAAAAAGAAAAGCUGUUCUCUGGUUGCCUCCAACUCUGUGUUCUCUGAUCCCUGUUAUGGAACCUACAAAUACCUGGAUGUUACCUACACCUGCAUUCCCCCAAUGAGUAUUGUUGGGUAGAAGGAGUGGACCAUUCCUGGAACAGCCUGGACCCGGGGGUGAAUCUGUUCCAAUGACGAAGACUAAUUCAAUAUUGAAUAAAUUCCUCCAUUU